ACUUCAUUUCCCAUCAUGCACCAUUUUACUGCGCUUCCCGUCAACCAUCAUGCUUUGCGGCAGUCAGUGCUAGUGAGUGUCCGCCGCCGCCACGAUUGUUUGAGAGAGAACUUCAACAUGGCAUCUGAUGGACCCCCUGGAACAGAUUCCAUUCCGUCGGAUUUAGGCAGUGCUAUAGCAGCUUUGAACACAUGGAGCAACCCGGAGCUUCAAGCCAAGCUGGGGGAACUUGGAGCCCCCAAUAUGGGUCCCAGAGAGGAGCUGAUUGACAGACUGAAGGGCUACAUGAUGCAGACUGGGAUUCUCCUCAGCAAGCCUAAUGAUGACAAAUCAAUGGGCUCACAGAUGCCUGGUAUCCCUCCUCUACCCCCAAUGCCCAUGCCUCCCAUGCCCCCUGGUAUUGGAAUGCUUCAAGCUAUGAGCAUGAUGCCAGGUGGGCCUCCUCCUCCUGGUAUUCACAUGGGCAUGGAGCCCCCCGGGCUGCCUCCCCCUGGCCUGUCACAGGAUGACCAGCUAAAAAUGGUUCAGCAGAGAGCUGCCAUGGUGUUACAGCAGGAAGAGCGGGCCAAGCAGGGGGACUCUCGUGUCAUGGAUGAACAGGAUCUACUGGAGCAGCAGAAAAGAGCUGCAGUUCUGCUGGAACAGGAGAGACAGCAGGAGAUGGUUCAGAUGCAGCAGGGUCCAGGAUCCAGAGGCAUGCCCACUGUCAGCGUAGUGCGAGGUAUAGAUCCUCGUGGUCCUCUACCUCCUGGUGUCAGUAUGCUGCCCACUCAAAAACAGAGAGUGCCUCCUCCUCCAGGGGAGGACAACAGAGAGUCAUGGCAGAAUGAAGAAGUGAGCGUUAGUGGACCUAAGAUUCCUCAGGCUUUGGAGAAAAUCCUCCAGCUGAAGGAAAUCAGACAGGAGCAGCUCACAGACCCCACAGAGGAGGAAGAUAAUGAGGGAGAGAUGGACAUGGCUGUUCCAGUGUUGUCAGAGACAGAAGAAGAUGAUGACAGCCAGAUGUCGAAGAAGGACAAAAACCGCAAACGCAGGAACCGCAAGAAGAAGAGCAAGAAGAAGCGAGCUCAGGAGAAGAAGGAGCAGGUGGAGCAGCAGAAAGAGGGCAGCAGUAAGGAGAAGGACAAAGAAAAGGAUAAAGAAAAGGACAAAGAGAAGGAGCCUGUGGUGGAGAUUGAGUACAUCACAGAGGAGCCAGAGAUCUAUGACCCCAAUUUCAUCUUCUUCAAGAGGAUCUUUGAGGCCUUCAAGCUGACUGAUGAUGUCAAGAAGGAGAAGGAGAAGGAGCCUGAGAAAACGGAGAAGCAUGAUACAGCCAUCCUGCGCAAAAAGGGAUUUGAGGAGGAGAAGAAAGACAGUGAUGACAGUGACGAGGAAAUCAGACCGGAUGUUCCUAAACUGUCCAAGAAGAAGCUGAGGAGGAUGAACAGGCUGACUGUGGCUGAACUGAAGCAGCUGGUCGCUCGUCCAGAUGUGGUAGAAAUGCACGAUGUGACAGCUCAGGAGCCAAAACUCUUGGUUCACCUGAAAGCCACCAGGAACACGGUGCCGGUGCCGCGACACUGGUGCUUCAAAAGGAAGUAUCUGCAGGGAAAGAGAGGCAUAGAGAAGCCUCCAUUUGAGCUGCCUGAGUUCAUCAAGAGGACAGGGAUUCAAGAGAUGAGAGAGGCCCUGCAGGAAAAGGAAGAAGCUAAAACUAUGAAAACCAAAAUGAGGGAGAAGGUUCGUCCCAAGAUGGGAAAGAUCGACAUCGACUACCAGAAGCUACACGACGCCUUCUUCAAGUGGCAGAUCAAACCCAAACUUACCAUCCAUGGAGACUUGUACUAUGAGGGUAAAGAGUUUGAGACUCGUCUGAAAGAGAAGAAGCCAGGAGAUCUGUCUGACGAGCUGCGCAUCGCUCUGGGCAUGCCUGUCGGACCUAAUGCCCAUAAGGUGCCUCCCCCCUGGCUGAUCGCCAUGCAGAGAUAUGGCCCCCCACCCUCCUACCCCAACCUCAAGAUCCCUGGACUGAACUCCCCCAUCCCAGAGAACUGUACGUUCGGUUACCACGCUGGAGGCUGGGGGAAACCUCCUGUAGAUGAGAUGGGGAAACCACUGUAUGGUGAUGUGUUCGGGACCAACGCUGCAGACUUCCAGGCUAAAGCAGAUGAGGAGGAGGUGGAUCACACACCAUGGGGAGAACUGGAGCCUUCAGAUGAAGAGUCUUCAGAGGAAGAGGAGGAGGAGGAGAGCGACGAGGAGAAACCAGAUGAAACCGGCUUCUUCACACCUGCAGACAGUGGACUCAUUACUCCUGGAGGAUUCUCCUCAGUCCCCGCAGGAAUGGAGACCCCCGAGCUCAUUGAGCUGAGGAAGAAGAAGAUCGAAGAGGCCAUGGACGGGAAUGAGACCCCCCAGCUGUUCACUGUACUCCCAGAGAGACGAACUGGGCCCGUAGGAUCGGCCAUGAUGGCGUCCACACACAUCUACGACAUGUCAGGGGCAAUGCCGGGGCGUAAAGCGGGUGGAGGUCAGGAGUCGCAGGGUGUGGAGGUGGCUCUGGCCCCUGAGGAGCUGGAGCUGGACCCCAUGGCCAUGACCCAGAAGUACGAGGAGCACGUCAGAGAGCAGCAGGCCCAGGUGGAGAAGGAGGACUUCAGCGACAUGGUGGCAGAGCACGCAGCCAAACAGAAGCAAAAGAAGAGGAAGGCUCAACCGCAGGACACAAGGGGAGGAGCCAAGAAAUACAAGGAGUUCAAGUUCUAGAGCAGUGAGACAGAGCAUCACAACAGGAAGAGUUGAAGCAGAGUGAAGUGGACAAAGUACCACUGCACCGCCGUCAGAACAGGAAACAUGUUUUAACUAUAAAUGACCACAUGUUAUCUUGUGACACGUUUGUUCCUCUGUUGGAUCCUUCAUUCGUCAUCUUUUUUUUUUGUUGUUGUUUUGAUGGAAACCAUAUUUUUUCCCUGUUUUUGUAAAUAAAUGAAUUGAAGACAUGA